AGAAAGGAUUUAUAAAAAAGUGAACUACAUAAUUGAAUAAUGCCUGAGUUGGUUUGGUCAUGUCAUCGCUGAAACGUCUAAUCCAACUGAGCUUUGGCUACUUCUGUGCCCUGAACGGAGUCGUGGCGUUUUAUUUUGCAUUUAAUUCGGGCAAAUUGCAUUGGUCCCGCUGCCUGGGCUACUAUCGCAUUGUUCACAACUUCAUUGUCGUCGGUCUAACAAUUAAGUUUAUAUUGGACUUUUGGCAGUUCCAUACCCACGUGGAGCUCGCAAGAUCGAAGCUGAUGGAGCUGAACACCUUUACCCACUUUACCAUCGUUUUUCUGUCGCUUCUCAGCUGCAUGGAGUGUGCCUACCGGCAGCAGGAUCGCAUCUACGCGAUGCUGAACAAGCUCUUGGACCUGAAUCGACUUGCCAUAGAGCUGGGGUACAUUGCUCCGGAGUCCCAUCAGCGAUAUAUCGGCUGUCUGGUGCUCUCUUUAACCCCACUGCUGGCGCUUCGCCUCUUUAUUCAUGUGGGCCUGAAUGCGAUUCGCACCAAAUUGGGUUUCGAUUUCCCCUGCAAUUGCUUCUUGUCCGAGUGCAUGAUCCUUGCCAUGAACUCGGUGGGAUUCGGAAUCAUGGCAGAGAUAUGCCAGUGCUGGUGGAGACUGCAGACUGGACUGAAGCGGAUUCUCCUGGAUGAUCCAAUGCCAAGCCAGCUGAAUCAGCUGCUGCAGCUGCAGCGAAUGUACCAGUGCCUGAUCAAUAUAACCGCAGAGUUCUGCACCGUCUUCAGGUUUGUGCUGCUGUGCUUUCUGGUGCGGAAUGUCUGGUGUGGCAUCGUGAUCGGAUAUCUGCUCGUACGCAUAUUCUGUUGCCAGAGCGUUUCUGAGCUCCACCUCUAUCAGCUCUAUCUGGCGUUUGUCAUCUGCAUACAGCCUCUGCUCUAUUCACUGCUCCUGAAUUGUCUGACGCACACGACGGAUUCGCUUAUGGCGACAACCAAAGAGAUUGUGAGGGAAUCGCAUGGCCAUGAAUAUCUGGUGGAGCGAAGUAUGCAGUGGUUCUCCUUGCAACUGGCCUGGCAGCACACAAACGUCCACGUGUAUGGCACCUAUCGCAUCAAUCGACGUCUGGUUUUUCAAAGCGCUGCCGUGAUUCUACUGCACACCCUUUAUAUGGUCCAAAGCGACUACAGGUCUAUGUGA